AUGUCUAGGAUUAUAGAUGAGUUGAAAUUAUUCUUGACUAACUUAUCCAAAGGAUCAGAUACUGUCGACACAAACGAUCUAAUGGACUCGGGAAUUGCUGACAAAACUGUAAUUUUAAAUAUAAAAGAAAAACUUGGUGAUAGUCCUUGGAACGUCCAAAAUUUAAUCAACCUAGGAAUGGACGUGAUAGAAGAAAAUAAUAAUAAGGGUGGUACAUAUGAUGAUAAUAAUAAUAAGGGUGGUAUAUAUGAUAAUAAUAAUAAUAAUAAGGGUGAUGAUUUUGAUGACUAUGACGAUUAUGAACUUGAAGUAAAACAAAAUAGCAGUGAUAAUAUUAUCUCAGAUAUUGAAUGGGAGAAAGUAUGUUCUGAAUAUGAAAAGUUUACAAGUGGAAAUAUCGAAGAUAUUAUUGACAAGGAUUUUGAUGAUAUUAAGAAGUAUGAAAAUAAAAAUAAUGAUAUGAAUAGUAUUACAAGUAGUAAUAAAAAUAAUAAUAAUAAUAUUAUUAUUACUCGUAAUAAUAAUAAUCAUAGCAUAUAUUGUGAUAAGGACAAGAUACAUAAUAAUACAUAUGAUAAAUAUGAUGUUAUUAAUAUUAAUGAUGAUGAUGAUAAUUUUUAUGUCAAGUAUAUAAAAUAUAAAAAAUGCAAAGCUAUAGAAGAAACGUUAAAAAUUAUGAUAAGUGAUCAUAAAAUGUUUAAUAACCAUCCUAUAGUAAAAGAAUUUAUUUUAUUAUUAAUUUUUUUAUUUCAAUGUAUAAGAGAAGAAGGUGAAUAUAAAAAUAUGGAUAAUAUGAAUAAUAUGAAUAAUAUGAAAAAUAUAUAUAGAACAAAUUUUUCAUGUCUUAAAAAAAAGAAAGACAAAAAAAUGAAGCUUACUAAACUGAGAUCUAAUAGUUGUAUGACUGAAAAAAUAAAUGACCCUAAAAUUUUAUAUGACAUUAAAAAUACGGGAAGAGAAAUAAAACAUAUAAAUAAUAUCAUGAGUGAUGAAACUGUUUUUUCAUUUUGUAAAAAAUUAAAAGAAGACCAUGUAUCUAAAUAUAACACAUCAGAUAAUAUGUUAUUAAAAUGUAUUCAUAAGGAAGAAGACGAAAAAAAAAAAAAAAAAAAAUGUAUGAAUACUGACAGUUGUUUUAAUUCAAGUGAUGAUGAAAAUGGAACAGUUGAUAUGUAUCAUGAUAAUGAGAAUAUAAAAAAUAAUAAUAAUUUAAAAAUAUCAAACAAUAUGUCUAAUAAUAUGUCUAAUAAUAUGUAUAACAAUAUGUCAAACAAUCCAUCUUAUAAAGUUGACAAACAUUUUGACAAUCCUUCCAAUAUCUUUCCAAUUUAUAAUAAUAUAUUUUAUAAUUUAAAAGAACAAAAAUCUAUAUAUGAUUAUAACAUGGAUGAUAUAAAUCAUGCCUUUAGUUAUGACAAUAUAAAUAAAGUAUGUGAAUCAUUAUUUAAAUAUAUGCAUUAUAUUAGAAGAAGUAAACAUGAAGAGUUAAAAAAAAAAUGUAUUAAUAUGAUUAUUAUAUUAUUAUAUCUUACUUAUAUAUCAUUUGGUAUUUAUUUUUUAAAAACAAAUAAUAUAUAUAUAAGAUUAUAUUAUUUAUAUAAAGAAUUUCAAAUAUUCCAAAAAACAAAUAAUGAUAUACAAAAAAAGUUAAAUAAAAAAAUUCAACAACAUAUUAAUCAACAUAAAUUAAAUGAACAACACACACAAGAAUAUGAUAAAUUAAAAAUGAAUUAUAUGGAAUUAAAAAAAGAAAAUGAAAAACUUAAAAAUUAUAAUAAUGUCAUACAAAAAUUAAAAAAUAAAAUUGCACUUAUGGAAAUAGAAAAAACAAUUAUCAUCAAAAAAAAUGAAGAAUUAAAUUAUAUAAUUAAACAAAAAAAAAUUUUAUUAAAUCAUAAUGAAAGUAACAACCAUAAUGAUAGUAACAAACAUAAUGAUAGUAAACAACAUAAUAUUGAAGACAAAACAAUUGAGAGCAAACCAUUUAAAAGCUUUAUCAAAAAAACAUGCAGGGUGAUAGAAAAAAAAGAUUAUUUAAAAACUAACAAGUUACAAUCAAAAACAAAUUCAAAGAUUUCCUUAAAAAAUAAGGAUAUACAACAAUUAUCAGAGGAUCUUAAUAUACCUAUAGCUAGUACAUUACAAAACAAUUCCGCACAUGAAAUAUAUUCAUCAGAUGAAAGAAAAAAUAUAAAAAAAAAUUGUUUCAAUAUAAAUAAUAAACAAUUUAAUAUUAAACAUAAUAAAAUAACAAACAGAUGUUAUUAUACAUCAAAAGAAUCUUAUCAUAAAAAUAUAUUAAUAUAUCCAAAUAUUUCUGAAUAUGACUUAACUGUAAAAGGUAUAUAUAACCAGUGUGAAGAAAAUAUAAAACAUAUGGUAAUAAAUAAUAAACAAAUUAAAAAUAAUAAAAUAUAUAAUAAUGCAUACACACAAUGUGAUAUAAUAACAAAUAAUAAUAAAUGUAAUAAUGAUAUGAAUAAUAAUUUUAAAAAUAAUAAAUUAAAAACAAAACAAGAAAUACAAACAAACAUAUAUUAUAAUAUUAAUAUGUAUAUUUCGAAAAAAAUGGAUUCUACAAUUAUACAAAUAAUAUCCUCUCAAAAUAAAUUGAAUAAAAUCAUAGGUAUUCUAAAUUAUGAUGAUAAUUAUUUUAUUCCUUUAUAUAUUUUUUAUAUGAAGAAAAUAAAUUAUGAUGAAUUAUUUAAAAUUUACUUUUUAAAUAAUAAAUAUUUUUAUAUUAACGAUAUAUUUCAACUAAAAAUAAAUAAAAAUUAUAAUUAUCAAAAUGAUUUAAGAAAAAAUACAGACCACACAAAUGAACACUACAACAACAACUACAACAACAACUACAACAACAACUACUACUACAACAACUACUACUACAACAACUACAACAACUACUAUUAUCAUUAUUAUCAUUAUUAUUAUUGUUGUGUCUGUUGUUGUGUGAUUAGUAAUUAUAUCAUCUUAAAUACAAAUGGACAAGAAAAACAAAUUACAAAAAAGAUUCAAAAAAAUAAAGUUACAUAUAAAGAUCUUAUUAUGAAAAAUAAAAAGGAAGUCAUUCUAUUUCAAAAUAAUAAAAACAAGAUAAAUAAAACAAAAUAUAUUUUCAAUAUCAAAUAUAUUAAUAAUAUUUUAAAUUUAUAUGAUUAUGAUAAUGUGUUUCAACAGUACUUAUCCUCAACAGAUUCAUAUCAUAAUGAUAUUGAUGAUCUAAUUUCAAUGUCUCAUACACAUUAUCAUUAUGAUUACUCUAUGUAUUCUCAAAAAAUAGAAUGCUCACAAGAUAUUAUUUAUUUAUAUAACAAAAUAGAUAAGAUAAACAAAAAUGAAGUUUUCAUAGAAAAAGAAAAAUAUAUAUCCAUAAAAAAUAAGAAAUAUUAUAAACUGCCUAAUUUAAAUCAAUGCUACCAUAAAUUAACUUUUAAUAUUUAUUUGAACUUAAUAAAACAAACACAUAUAAAGAAAGAAAUAUAUAUCUCAAAUGUAAAAAUAUUUAAUAUUAUAUCUAGUGAUGAUAAUAUUAUUAUUAUCAAUAAGUCCAAUACUCAUAAAAACAAACAAACAAAAAAAAAUAAUAAUAAUAAUAAUAAUAAUAAUAAUAAAUAUAAUAAUCAUAAUAAUGAUAUAUUUUAUUAUUCAUACUAUCAAAUACAUGAAUUAUUAUUAAAAAAAAAAAAUAUACACCUCCUUACAGAUAAAUUCAAAACCAAUCUCUACUGCUCAAAAUUUGGAUAUAUAUACAAGAAUAUUAUUUCUUUCAAAAAAAGAUAUAAACAAUAUUUAUUAUUUAAUAAAUAUAUUAAUAAUUUAAAUAUAUUCAAACAUAAAUAUUUGAUAAUGAAUAAAUAUAAAUUCAAAAAAAAGAAAAAGAUAACAAACAUACAUUAUAUAAUACCAUAUAGGAAUAAUUUAAAUACUAAAAAAAUUAUAUCAAAUAAACUAAUCAAAUAUAAAAAAAAAAUCUAUAAAGAUAAAAUUAUUAAUACAAAUUUUUCUUAUCAUAAUAUCUUAAUGAAAUCUUUAUAUAUAUUUAAUUUAUUCUUUUUUCUAACUUUUCUCUUAUUAUUAGAUGUGUAUAUUUUAGAUAAUGCAUUACUCUCUGGUCUUAUUUAUAUCCUAUGUAUUCUACUAUUCUUUUUAUCAUCACUUUUUAGAAGUAUUGUAUAUUUAAUUAAUAUACCUUUAAAUGCAAAAAUUAUACCACAACAUUUUUUAGAUACAUUUUCAAUUCGUUUUGUGAAAAUAAUAAAUUAUAUGCAGCUCUACUUUUAUGAGAAUAAUUAUGAUAUAUAA